CGCGAUGGCAUCGAUAAACCUCAAAGUGAACUCAUCGCAGGGCUCCAUCAAGCUAUCUGGACUAGCGCCUGACACGACGCUCCUGCAGUUGAAGCAGCGCUUGCUUCAGGAGACAGGCCUUACUCCUGACAACCAGACAUUGUUGAGUGGGUACCCUCCCAAGCUCAUUGUUGGCGACAACAGCGAGCUGCUCACAAAACUGGGCAUCACGUCGGGAUCAGUGGUCACCCUCAAGGAAGAAGUCACGUUGGCAUCGACAAAACCGUCCACAGCCACGUUUGUCCGCAAAGUCAUUGCCGCCGACAACAGUUGUCUCUUCAACGCGAUCGGCUAUUGUCUCGGCAAGGGCGACAAGCAGAACGGACAAGCCCUUCGAUCCAUCGUCAAGGACAAGAUCUUAUCCGACCCGUCCGUGUACAACCCGACGUUUCUCGGCCGCGCCGUGGAUGAAUACUGCGCAUGGAUCAUGGACGACAAGUCGUGGGGCGGAGAGAUCGAGCUGUCGAUUCUGUCGGCGCACUUUGGCGUGGAGAUGCUCGUGUUUGACGUCGUGAGCAUGUCACGGCUGUGUUAUGGCGAGGACCAAGGGUUCACCCAGCGCCUCUUCCUUCUCUACGACGGCAUCCAUUACGACGCCAUUGCCGAGACCGGUCAUCGCGGCCCCCACAGCGACAAAACACUGUUUUCAAUCAACGACUUUGUCAAGGUGGAACAUGCUAGCGUCUUAGCCGUGGAAGCGCAUCAGACACAUCAAUACACGGACGUGGGGGGGUUCACAAUCCAGUGCAUGCAAUGCCGCCAAGUGUUUCAAGGACAGCGACAAGCACAAGCUCAUGCCAACGAGACUGGCCAUUUUCAAUUUGGCGAAGUCAGGCGGGGGUAACUGUUAGCUCUUCACGCACUGUUUGGGAGAUACAACCCCACUUAACACGUGUAAUUAAUUGCCAGUUGAUGCGGAUACA